UUUCUUCGCUCGAUGCUGGGUUUCUUAAUGGAUUCAAUCUUGCCGCAAUCAGAACGCAGUAUUACGGUGUGUUUGAUCGGUGCGUGAUCGGCUUAAUUCAUAGGAAAAUUUAUACGAUAAUACAGAAGCGAGUCGUACUAUCUCGACUACCGACUUGGAACUGUUGACUUUUUUUUGAGAUCGGCGUCUUUUUUGUAUAAAACGGAAGUAGGAAUUUGAAUACAUUACGUGCAACUAACAAUCGUAAACGCAUGUACUCUUGUACGAUGGAUGCUGAACGUAAACAGUAUUUUAAUAGAUGAUACACGAGAGACUUUGUUCCUAGGUACAACUUUUCUGAAGUAACGUUAAGAAAAUCCGGAAAAUUGGUGCAGAGUAUCCUCGAUGCGCCGUGCCAAUUGUCGGUCAACCGUUGAAGUCGCUGGCAACGGGACGAAGUAUAGACACAAAAUCAUUUUACAUUUUACUCUUUAGUAAUUUACCUACCAGAAGCCCAUUUAUAGAUUUUCUAAUUCCAUCGUUACCUUCCACAAUUUAUUAGCUGUGUUGUUGGUUGUCUACUCUCGAAAACAAACAUACCAGUAUACCUAGUAACAGUGUGCAGAAGUCGACUUUCAGUCUAGAUUAAUAUUCACGCCAGAUUAAUAUCUCCUGUAUGCAAUAUAUGCAUUUCCAUUCCAAAGAAUAAUACUAUCGAAUGCACAUGCACCAUUGCACUUGUACAAAAAAAUAUGGUACUACAAAUGCAGCACUCUUCGAACUAUUUAUCAUAAAGACACUGAUGACGGAGUUACGAUUCCUCACACCUGUUUGGCCCACCCUGUGUCUAUUCUAAGGUGUAGACUCUUUCUAAAUAGGCGGUGGUUAAAGUGUGAAUCGGGAAGCCUGUCCUAUAUAUCCUCCGUCUCGUACAGCAGAUUAUCCCGCGAACUAAGCCGAUCAAACGGUUCGAUUAAAAGUACCAUAUGUUCGAUCGGCGAAGAGCGGAUCACCAAAGCUGCUGAACCGUCGCGAUUGGCAGCAACGGUACCGAUCCUGCUCGUCGGACGGAGAGUGGUCGAAGUCAGCGAGCACCGAGCUUCCAGUAGAACGAUUAAUUCCAGCAAUUUUGACCCGCGUGCCCGAUCAAAGACGUCGCAAGUGGUCGAUAUCGGGUAACCGUCUACCAUGAGAUCGUGUUGAACCCGCUGACCGAAACAGCGGACCACAACAAUUGAAUCGUUUGACCCGUUUUUAUUGGCAAGUCGCACCAGUCGCGAAUGGGAAGCUCGCCAGUGCACGCAGCGCUCGGUCCGCAGUAGUCGCGCGGAUCGAAUCGGCGUGGAUUUUCUCGCUGCGUUCGUCAACCGAUUUUUGCUCGAACGCUUUCCAGCUUAACGGGGGAGGACGUUGACAAACGCGCGGCAUCGGGUUCGCGGUCUCGGAUUUGCUUCGUGUCACAAAAACGAAACGAAGGUGAGAUAAUCCUGCGGCCGGCUCGGAAACGUCCAGGGUCGGAAGAGGAACCGACCGAUCGACCAAUUCCUCGCUGGAGCGAUGACUGACGGAAGGACCAAUGGAAAAAUCACGACCAUAAGCGCGAGAUGCGACGACGUCGACGUCGAUGGAGCAGCGGACCUCGAGAAGGCGAUAUCGGCGACAGGCUACGGAACGUUCAACGUCCUGCUAUUGAUAGCUGCGUUGCCUGCGGCGUGGACAGGAUUGUUCGACACGACCACAACCGCCUUUAUUUUGGCUUCCGCGGAGUGCGACCUGCAACUCACGUUCUUCCGUAAAGGUGUCCUCUUGGCGUUUCCCUACAUAGGCAUAACGCUGACCAGUUUUAUGUGGGACCACGUGACGCCAUACGUCGGGGCCAGGAAUCUAUUCGUCGCGGGACUCCUGCUGGACACUGUCCUGAAUAUAGUCAGCACCGUGGUCGAUUCGUACUAUGCGUUUCUAGCGAUCAAGUUCCUGAGCGGUGUUCUCGUCGGAGGGCCGUUUUCGAUAGUGUUGGGGUACUUGUCAGAAUUUCACUCGGCGGAGUACAAAGCGGGCUUCACCAGGUGGGCAGGACUCCUCGUGAACGUGGGGAUCAUUGUCCCAGCGGUCAUUGCAUUCCUGGUCUUGCCUCUGACCUGGGAGGUCGAGAUAUUCGAUCGACGAUACAACACCUGGCGAAUCUACCUGCUGAUUUGCACGACAGUUCCACUGAUCGGUCUCCUGACGGCCAGCACCCUGCCUCAAACUCCCAAAUACUUACUGGAAAUCGGCAGGACCGAGGACGCUUUGAAUUUGCUGCGGACGACGUACGCCGUCAACAGGUGGAUGCCUGCCGAUACGUUUCCGAUAAAAAAGCUCCUCGCGCGGCAGGACGCGCAGCUAUCGCGGCGGUCCUUAUUCAAGGAGAAUUCCGAAAAAAUACGGCUCGCCUUGUACAACACCAAACAGGUAUUCUCCGGGCCGUAUCUGCGCACCGUUUCUCUCCUCGGUUUCCUCCAAUUUGGCAGCAUGCUGGCGUUCAAUACGAUGAGGCUGUGGGUGCCGCAUAUGUUCAUGAUUUUGAGCAAUUUCGACGCCGAGAGGUGGACAGAGGACCGACCGCCAACCAUGAGCGAGAUGCUGGAUCGACGGAGAACCGUGCCAGCAAGAGAUUACUUGAGCUGCCCGGAUUUCGACGACAUUUGCAUGACGUGGACAAUCAACGCGUCGGUGUAUCAGAAGUCUGCCAUGAUCGCGACGUCCGCAGUCACUGUAGCAUUCCUCGCGGGGAUAAUAGCCACUACCAAGUUUAGAAAAAAAAUAUUGUUGCUCGCCGGUUUCCUGAUAUCGGUCGUAGGCAGUUUCGGAUCGAACUGGGGACAGGCUCCUCUCUACAUGCUGCUAUUGUGCAUCGCCAUUAUCGUCACGACGAGAGUAACGGGUAAUGUCGUCAACGCCGUGAACGCCGAUGUAAUUCCUACCCUGUUAAGAUCCACCAGCCUUAACGUCCUGACAACCUUCGGGAACCUAGGAGCCAUACUGGGAAAUCUCAUUUUUUCCGCGCUGUUAAACUUGGACAGCCUCUACGGGUUCAUUGGCCUCGGUUGCCUGAUGUUCGCCUGCUUCUGCCUGUCCUUCCUUCCAUUGGAACCAGUGAAGCCGUCGCCGAAAAGCCUCGAUCGGCCCACCGUGUGACCUGCCAACGAGGAAGACGAGACAAACCGCACGGUUGAAACCUACAAACUGCGCCAGCAGUUUUCCAUUCACCGCAUCCUGAAUCCUGUCACGGACAGGAGGGUAGCGUGCUACUUCGCGAGCUACCGUUUCUCGUCGAUGCGGCAAUUUUAAUCAAUUUUUACGUAAUUUACUAGAAAUAUAUACAUAUAUAUUUUUGUAACUAUGAAACGACGCACGCUGUUCUUCCGCGCUUCGAGGCUCCACCCUUGCCGUUUCUAUUGUUCGAAGGAAACGAGAAUUCGAGAGUGUGUCGUUUUUUUACGAGGUUCGUGGAACGUCGGGUCAUUCGGACCAUUAACGAGUGCUGCAUACGAAAGGAGCGUCAAAGAAAAUUUAAUUAACGCCGUGUAUCGGUUUGCGGAACGUUAAUAACGCAGUUACCGCGAUAAACAAACCGUGGCUGCUCGCUGCGGAGCUGGUUGCGCAAGGUGAGUCGCUGUAUCGGAAUCGAAGGUUACUUUCAGCAACGCUCGAUUAAUUUUGCGCCAACGCGAAAAGAUAAUGCAUCGUGUCAUGUCGAUUGCGAAGCGAGAGAGAGAGAGAGAGAGAGAGAGACAGAGAGAGAGAGAGAGAGAUCGAAACGCGAGAGAUAUUUUUAACAACCCCUACGCCGUCGGUGGCCGACGGACCGCGGUAGCGGCAGGUUUAGUUGGACUAUAAAUAAUUUAAUACGUUCGAUAUGCACCUGCGACGAUUAAAGCAGGGUUAGUUUCUCUUUUUAUUCGGUCAUCGCGAAGUGCUUUCCGAGCGCGCUAAACCUCGGCUUAUCCCUUUAAACUCUCGUUUUGAACUCUACUCAGCGCGGUAUUAAGGUUGUCCGAUUCGCAGCAAGGUUACAAUUACGGUCGCGGAAUUAAAAAAAAAUGCAUUUGCAUUCCCUUGAUGCACAGUCCCCGUGGACCGAGAUUGAGAGAUCAAGAGCACUCCGAAGGAUGUUCUACGAUUACGCGAAAUAAUCCGAGCAGAUAAAAUUAACACAUCGAGGACGGGUGACGAGAUGAAGUCGAGAUAUCUCGUCUUUAACAACCCGAACGUACGCAAGAAAAAAAAAACGCCGUACGCAAUGUGUUAAGGGGCGCGUUGUGACAAACGACAGAUGGAGUAUUAAAUUGUAACAAUUUGUAGAAAUUUAAUUUAACUAUAACUCGUAUAAAUGCAAUUAUGAUUGACCUAAAUUUAAUUAAAUAUACGAAUU